AUUCUGAUUCUGGAUCUGAAUCUGAUUCUGAUCAGGAGAAUGCUGGCUCUGGUAGUAAUGCUUCUGGAAGUGACAGUGACCAGGAUGAUGACAGGGAGGCAAUAAAACCCAGUAACAAGGAGUUAUUUGGAGAUGAUAGCGAGGAUGAAGGGGCAUCCCAUCACACAGGGAGCGACAACCACUCUGAAAGAUCCUACAAUCGAUCUGAAGCGUCAGGACAUUCUGAGCAUGAAGAUAAUGAUCAGUCAGACGUGGACCAGCACAGUGUUUCAGAAGCUGCUCAUGAUGAUGACGAGGAUGAUCGCGGGCAUGGGUCAGACGAAGGCAGUCAUCAUUCAGAGGGAGAUGGUUCUGAAAAAGCACAUUCUGAGGAUGAGAAGUGGGGCAAGGAGGACAAAAGCGAUCAGUCAGACGAUGAAGAGAGACAGCAGAAUUCUGAUGAGGAGGAGAGACAGCAGAACUCUGAUGAUGAGGAGAAAGUGCAGAACUCUGAUGAAGAUGAAAGGCCACAGAUGUCUGAUGAUGAGGAAAGACUCCAGAACUCGGACGAGGAGAAAAUGCAGAACUCUGAUGAUGAUGAGAGGCCACAGGUCUCAGAUGAGGAGAAGAUGCAGAACUCUGAUGAUGAUGAAAGGGCGCAGCAUUCUGACGAGGAGAAAAUGCAGAACUCUGAUGAUGAUGAAAGGGCCCAGCACUCCGAUGAAGAGGAGCAAGAGCAUAAAUCUGAGUCUGCAAGGGGCAGUGAUAGCGAAGAUGAAGUUCUGCGAAUGAAGCGAAAGAAACCAAUUGCAUCAGAUUCAGAAGUGGACAGUGAUGCAGAAGGACAGAAAGAGCAUGCAGAUGUCAUGGACCUGUUUGGAGGUGCAGAUGACAUUUCCUCAGGGAGUGAUGGAGAAGACAAGCCACCAACACCAGGACAGCCCAUUGAUGAGAAUGGACUGAGUCAAGAACAGCAGGAAGAAGAGCCUAUUCCAGAGACUAGAAUAGAGGUUGAAAUACCAAAAGUAAACACAGACUUGGGUAAUGAUUUGUAUUUUGUGAAGCUGCCCAACUUCCUUAGCGUGGAGCCCAGACCUUUUGAUCCCCAGUAUUAUGAAGAUGAAUUUGAAGAUGAAGAGAUGCUUGAUGAAGAGGGUAGAACUAGGUUAAAACUCAAGGUAGAAAACACAAUACGAUGGCGGAUGCGACGAGAUGAGGAAGGGAAUGAGAUCAGAGAAAGUAAUGCACGGAUAGUCAAAUGGUCAGAUGGAAGCAUGUCUCUCCACUUGGGCAAUGAGGUCUUUGAUGUGUACAAGGCGCCACUACAGGGAGAUCACAACCAUUUGUUUAUCAGACAAGGGACAGGUCUGCAAGGACAGGCUGUUUUCAAGACAAAGUUAACCUUCAGGCCACACUCUACGGACAGUGCCACUCACAGGAAGAUGACUCUGUCUCUGGCAGAUAGAUGUUCAAAGACCCAGAAAAUUCGUAUUUUGCCAAUGGCAGGUCGUGAUCCAGAGUCUCAGCGCACAGAAAUGAUUAAGAAAGAAGAGGAGAGAUUAAGAGCUUCCAUUCGUAGAGAAUCUCAGCAGCGAAGAAUGCGGGAGAAGCAGCAUCAGCGUGGUCUGAGUGCAAAUUAUUUAGAACCUGAUCGUUACGAUGAAGAGGAUGAGGGUGAUGAUGCAAUCAGUCUAGCAGCUAUCAAAAACAGAUACAAAGGUGGCAUCAGAGAGGAACGUGCUAGAAUCUACUCUUCUGACAGUGAUGAGGGCUCAGAUGAAGAUAAAACACAAAGACUACUCAAGGCAAAGAAACUUACUAGUGAUGAG